UUCCGCACACGAUGAAGGGAUUACACACUGUCUAGAGAUACUCUGUGUGUGUUUGACAUUGUUUCCAAACAAAUCGAUCAUGUUGGAGAUGCUUGAGUACAGUCACUAUCAGGUGCCGUCCCAUCUCGAAAACCCCAACAAGUACCACAUCCAGCAGAAUCAGAGGCAGCAGGUUAGACAGUAUCUGUCAAACAACUUGGGCGGCAAAGCUGGAGCCCAGUGCCCCGGCCAGCCGCCCGAACAUGGCAUGCCGCCCGGGCCCGGGAGCAGCGCCCCCAACAGUCCCAUGGCUCAUCUCACCCUCACCUCUAACUGUGAGAAAGAGGUACGCGUGACAAAGAUGGAUGACGUCAUUGACGACAUCAUUAGCUUGGAGUCGAGUUACAACGAGGAUGUUCUCGGACUCAUGGAUCAAGGACUCCAAAUGAACAACACGCUCCCCGUGUCCGGUAACCUUCUCGAUGUGUACGGAAAUCAAGGACUUCCACUCCCAGGCUUGGCCAUCAACAACUCCUGUCCAACCAACAUUAAAAGGGAAUAUACAGCUCCUGGCAUGAAGCAAGUACUGGGCAAACCUGGACAGUGUGACCCAUAUGACAACUAUCAGAGGCCUGACGGCUUUCCAGUAGAGGCUGAAGUGCGUGCUCUUGCAAAAGAACGACAGAAGAAAGACAAUCACAACUUAAUUGAACGACGGCGAAGAUUUAACAUCAACGACCGCAUCAAAGAGCUGGGAACCUUGAUACCAAAGUCAAAUGAUCCAGACAUGCGCUGGAAUAAGGGCACCAUUCUGAAAGCCUCGGUGGACUAUAUCAGGAAACUCCAACGAGAGCAGCAGAGGACCAAAGAGCUCGAUUGCAGACAAAGAAAGCUGGAGCAUGCAAAUCGUCACCUGUUGCUUCGUAUACAGGAGUUGGAGAUCCAGGCUCGUGCUCACGGUCUCAGCGUGGUGCCAUCCCCUUCUAUCUGCACCUCAGAGCUGAUGGGUCGGGCCAUCAAACAGGAGCCCAUGCUGGACGACUGCACCACGGAGCUCUACCACCACACCUCAGCUCCGGACAUGUCCCCUCCAACCACACUGGACCUCAACAAUGGCACCAUCACCUUCGACCCAAUCCCCCCAGAUUCUGCGGACCCCGGUCUGUACGGAAAUUCCAGGACCUGUAAAAUGAAGGAGUUGGUCAUGGACAACACGCUCUCACCAAUUUCCCCAAGCGACCCCUUACUGUCGUCAAUGUCCCCGGAGGGCUCGGUGAAAGUCUACCACAGCUCCAGUUCAAUCUCCAGCUUGGAGGAGAAGUAGCACACCUGUUAGUUGUUUGCGCCUGAUGCUCACUGACACUUUGUAGCAUCUCAGCAAUGAGACACACCUUUUUCUGACGUCUUCGUUGAUUAUUUAAAAAUGGUAUUUUGUUACUGUAAAUAGAGAUUUACAUUUAGGGCAGCACAUGACAAGAAUAUUCGGGUUGGGAUCAGAGUUCAAACAUCUGUGGCCUUUCUGUGAAGAGUUUGCACAUCCUAUCUGUCCUUCUGUAAGUUUUUUCUGGGUACCAUGGCUUUCUCUCACAGCACAAGAACAGCGAACAUGAGCGUUGAAGGUUGUUUGUCAAAAAUGUGUUCAGUCUUGUGAUUGAUUGGUGGUCAGCACAGGAUGUAAACCACCUCUCACACUGUAGAGAGGGUAGAAAGGAUAAUAGCAGUGAAACUGACUGAAUGGAUGAAAUGUAAUAAUACAAUAGUGCCUCGGUUUCUGUAGGCCCCCAUUUUUCAUAUGCGAAAGGUUUUUUGAGAUUGUCUUGAUUAUCGUACGGCAGAAACAUUGUGCAUAGCAAACUAGUCUGUAGUAAACUAGUAUGGCUCCGACAUAAGCCAACAUGGGGCCCAAAAAGUUGGAAGUGCCAGCCAGCACUUAAAUAAAGAAGGUGGAAAACACCAUUGGAUUCAAGCAAGAACUCCUGGCAAAGCACAAAGUUAGCAUUCGAGUGGGCAGUGGUGCAAAAAGUGGGUAUGAACCAUACCCAGAGGGGGCGCCAAAACAACGGGCAGGGGAUUAUUACAAGUUGGCAUUUUCUGUAUUUAACGUGAUUAAA